AUGUGCCUGCAGUCAGCAGAGGCGCAGCUCUACCCCGGUGCUUCUGACCGUGCAGGGGUCUCGAGGGCUCCGGCCACCCCUCCUCCCUGCGCCCACUCUGCCAUCCCUCCAUCGCCACGUCCAUCUAUGGCUUCCCCUGUGAGGCAGAGAAGUCGGAGGGCGGCGCAGGGGGCAGCCGCUCCCCGCCCGUCUCCCCACAGCAGGCCGCAGAACUCGGCCAAGGCGCGGUCGGUGUGGGAGCAGCGCGCUGGCCAGCUGCAGCUGCAGAACCUGAGGGCCACCUGCGAGGCGCUGUACAGCGAGAUGGACCGCGAGGAGAGGCUGCGAUACACCACCACGCGCCACCUGCGGCCUGACAUGAAGAUGCACCUGGACCGGCCGCUCAUGGUGGAGCUAGGGCGCGAAGGGCCGCGGGUGCCCAUGGGAGGCAAGGCCCAGCCCGAGGGCCCGGAGGCUGCCGAGGGCACGGACCCGCCGCGCAGGCACCACCGGCACC